AUGGCUCUCAAGGUCCCCCGGGGCCAUGACAGUCUGGAUGUGAGCUGCCACCUCUGCUGCAGGCUAGUGCAUUUGAAUUUCAUCACCGUCAUUGUAUGCAUUACUUACUCUAUGCUCAACCUUGGAGAUGCUGAGAUGGAGAAGGCCCAGUCCUUGCCCUCAGAGAGCUCACAGUCUAAUGGAGGAGAAGGUCACAGUGGGCUUAUAUUUGGCACCCUUUACCCUGCGUAUUAUUCCUACAAGGCUGUGAAAUCAAAGGACAUUAAAGAAUAUGUCAAAUGGAUGAUGUACUGGAUUAUAUUUGCACUUUUCACCACAGCAGAGACAUUUACCGACAUCUUCCUCUGUUGGUUUCCAUUCUAUUAUGAACUAAAAAUAGCAUUUGUCGCCUGGCUGCUGUCUCCCUACACAAAAGGCUCCAGCCUCCUAUACAGGAAGUUUGUACAUCCCACGCUGUCUUCAAAAGAAAAGGAAAUCGAUGAUUGCCUGGUCCAAGCAAAAGACCGAAGUUAUGAUGCCCUUGUGCACUUUGGGAAGCGGGGCUUGAAUGUGGCGGCCACAGCAGCCGUGAUGGCUGCUUCCAAGGUGGCUCGACUCUUUCAUUUUGUCUCCUCUUUGGACCUCAGAGAAGGGCAGGUAACCCCGUUGAGAGGUGUGACUAACUCCAAACUGAUCCAGUCGGGUAGAGAGGCCAGCAGCGACCUCUUCCCACCAACACAUGGUCUGGAUCGGAACCAGGGACAGGGUGCCUUAUCGGAGAGACUCCGGAGCUUCAGCAUGCAGGACCUCACCACCAUCCGGGGUGACGGUGCCCCUGCCCCCUCCAGCCCCCCACCACAGGGGUCUGGGCGAGCCAGCGGCAAACAUGGCCAGCCUAAGAUGUCCAGGAGUGCUUCUGAGAGCGCCGGCAGCUCAGUGUGUACCUGCUGCUCUACCUGCAGGACCCGGAAAGUGGUUGAGGGAGAUGUGAAUGAGGGUGGUGUGAAGGCCUGGGAGCCCCACGAGGUCCAAAACCCGUUGGCAUUUUCGGACGAGGAGGAGGAAGAUCUGCUGGAUUUCAUGUACAAGUAUAAGGCGCCUCGAAAGACGGAGUUCCCCCUGGAGGCACCGCCUAGAGUCCUUCGAUCCCGCUUUAGGAAGAAAAGUACCUCAUCCUCAGCCACUGAAACCACGUGAGUGAGAUGAGCCAACAGCACCGGACCCACAGAAUGUUUCUUCUCUGCCUUAAAGAGCUAGUCACUAAUAACAUAGAAAUCCGCAAGCUGGCGUGCUUUGAGUGUGCAGCCUCACAGACACAGCCUUUUCUCUCUCUCCUCUUACACUUUUAAGAUUUUUAUUUUCCUUUUCUUUAUUUUGCUGGGGAGAGGCUAAAGGGAAAGGUAGCUUGUGUGUGUGUGGGGGGGGUGUGACCUUUAAGUCUUGAGGUUAGUAAUUUUCUGCAAUUGGAUUGUCAGCAGUGUGGUUUUAGAAAUAUAAGAGAUCACCCUCACACUGCUGAGAUGUACAUUUGUAAUUUAUUUGUUGCAUACUUCGUUUUUAGUCCUGUAAAUGCAAACAAAGCAAUUUUUUUAAACUUUUUUUGUUCUUGGUACUAAUACUUUGGACUACGGUGUACAUAUUUAUGGCUUUUGGCUUAAUGUAAUGGACUCGCAAGGGCUGCCAGAGGUUCUGAUAUGUAAGAGAACUACGAGAUAUGUAAAAAAUUAUUUUGAUUCUAGAGAAUGUCUCAGAUGUGCUUAUAAAGCUUCCAAAUACAACUCCAGUAAAACAGCCCUUUUCCUGUAGGACGAUGGUCCAUAUUCUUCAGAUAGAUGUUAAGUCAAUAGACCAGAGACGUUUAGAAUGAAGAGACAAUAUUGUAAUGACAGACACGAGUGUAAUGAGGCCAGGGGAACAGUCCAGAAUAAGAGAGGUCACAAGAAGCUUGUCUCCCCCUGGAUUCUGGGUUAAGAGCUUCUGAAUUUUGUCAAGGGAUGUACCAAUGGCUUAGGCAGGUGGCUCACCUUUGGUAAAACCUCCUGGGGAUGUGAACUCACAGGGCUGUUUUGAGGAAUCAUUUUGAGUGUUCCAUCAGUGCUUGACAAAUGAUUGUUUCUCCUUCAUAGUAACCAGUUCUGUGACUUAUUUCCCCAGGUAGAGGAGCCUAUAAUCUGAGCACUUGAUCAAGAGAACAGUAAGCAGAAACCGACCAAUCAACCCAAAACAAACCUAAAACUAUGUUUCAGAUAUGUUGUCAAAUACGUCUGAGACACCUGUCAAAAUGCUGGGUUCUAGAAAGGUUUCAGAGGUUGAGAUCUUUAUGGACUGACUUGCUGCUCAGCUCCCUGGGCAGCUGUGGCUCACACCCUUCCCGGCUUGUGCAGAAUGUGAACGAGAGAAAUUGCACUCAUGGGCACUCCGCGUCUUACCAGACGUCUUAUGCAAGCCGAGAUCGCUUAGUAUAAUAGAGCACUAGCUAAAGGGACUCUCUACUUAGACUGAGAACUUUAUCUGAAAAGAAGAAUCUGGUUUACAUAGCAUUUCAGUCCGAGGUAGCUGCUCCCCACCCCCUUGGAGAGCUGAGCCUAAAAUGUAGGACUUGUAUAUUUGUGCUUAGAGUUGGUGUUUUCUUUCAGUGUAAUGCAUGCAGUGGUCACAAACCAGUCACUUAUAAUACUUGGAUUGUGUUUGUUCAUAGAUAUGCCCUGAAGACUAGAGAAUUAGUGUUAUGUACCACAUAGAACUUGCUGUCAACCGGCUAUAAACAGGCCCAGUUAAAGACCGUCUCAUUACUGAGCUACAUACACCAACAUAUAUCAGUAGUCUUUGCUGAUGGCACACUGGCUGGAUCUUAGCCACCCGAGAAAGGGUUUUACCUGAAGUUGAUUGUUGCCAGAUAUGCACAUUUAAAUCCCUUCUUCCCACAAUUCCUCUGAAGGUGAGUUUGUAAUUUACAAUGGGAUUUAGGAAAACAAACCUAAAAGCAAAUUUGUGGUUCAGAGAGCAAACAUAGGCUCUUUAUGAUCUUUCCCCCACACCCAACAAUCCCUAAACCCAUUAGGGAAGACAGAAAAUCUAAUUUCUUAAAGCUCACUGAAUAGUUUCAGAGGAAAAAUAUAUGCUUUAAAUGUAUUUACCUGUUAGUUGGGAGUACCCAGAAUUAUCAGAAACAGCUUAAGCAGCUUUUUAGCAGUGUUUUUUUCUUUUCUUUGCCAAAAUAAUAAAUGCCUUUAGCAGCAGAGAUCCUUCGUGAACCAACUAUAUUUUCACCAUUUUACAAUGUAAAGUUUUAACAAGUACAAGCUAUCAAGUUUGCACUCAACUAUGCCAAAAACAAGUUUGAAGCACUCUACUCUCAGACAUGCUGUAUUACUGCUCAUUCAAGAUUUAAAAAAUUUAAAGGUAUCCAAACUGCUGUCUUAAUGUAAAUGUAACUAUUUUUCCUUCAAGUGUUGAUUAGGGAGUUGGUUUCUCUCUUAAAAACACUCACUGUACAAAUGAGAGCAGCUGUCAUAUUUCUGGCAAAAUGUGUUUACUUAUCCAACAAGCUGUAUAUUUGUGUAUGGACUGACAUAAAAUGUGAAUGCCUCCAAGUGUACAUGUAGUGCUGUGGUGUUCUGUCUAGAGGAUAUAACUGAACGUUUUUAAUUUCCUGAUUUACAGACAUAGGCUGUUUACAAAAUGCUAGCUUGAAAGUCUGUAAUUUUCAUGUAAUAACUUUUAGUUAUUUGCCGUUGAGCACCUGUUCUGUUUCUGAGGAGGUAAGAUGGGGUGGUGUACUUAUACACUAGGAAGUGGAGUCAUAAUCCCUCCUGGCUUUGUGUGAAUAGCUUGCUCAAUUCACUGGCCUCUGAAAUGUGUGUAAACUGUCCGUGUGUUUGUGAUAACAGUGCUUGUCCACCAUGACCACAGCUGAGUAUCUUCCUAGUCCUCGCCUUGCACAGUAUUUGAAACGGCAAAGGAUGUGCUUCAUUCUCAAACGGCACACACUCAAAGAGCUGACGUUCUCGGUUGUGACUGUGCAGUUUCCCUAGUUUAUUCCUGUAGUCCCUAUAGAAUGAUCUGUGAUAAAAUAGUAUACUGGACUGUGCAUCAAAGGGAUGUAAAAUUACAGUAUUCCAAAGGUUGAAGUUCUGCUGUUUUGUUACAAUGCCUGAUAUAUACCUUGAAUAAAGUCUUAACGUUUUUCUUUUAAAAAA